GCUCCCUCAACACCUGAAGAAGAGCAAAGAGAGCAGAGAAGCUUGUCAGUGAAAAUCUGGGAGAAUCGGCAAUGCGAGAGGAGCAUAGUCCGGGUAGGGACGGUCGUCGAAGUGGAGGACUGAGGUCGUUGAUAGAGCCACGCUUUUUGUCAUCGUUUGCUUUAAACGACGGUGGUUCGAUUUCUGGACGGAGAUCUUCCUACCUGAAACUUCCUCCUCAGGGUCGUAUCAAGCUUUCCGUCGUUAAGCUCAACGGUUCCCUUUUCGAUGUGGAAGUCGCAAAGGAUUGCUCUGUGGCAGAGCUCAAAAGAGCUGUGGAACAAGUAUUCACCAUUUCUCCUCUGGAAGCUCACGGCAUGAUUUCAUGGUCCCACGUCUGGGGUCAUUUUUGCUUGUGUUAUCGAGACCAGAGAUUAGUCUAUGACAAGACUAGCAUCCGUUAUCUCGGUCUCAAUGAUGGGGACCAAUUACAUUUCGUUAGGCAUUUGUCGAUAGACCACUCUCCUAUGAACAAAAGAUCCAAGAGCCCGAGUUGCAAGCGCUAUCUCGAGUUGGAAGUGGAAUCCAACGUCAACGAAAUCCAACUACAAAACCAAAACCAGAACGGUGUGGAUUAUGUAGCUGACAAGUGUUAUCCAGGAGCACAAGACGAGUUACCAGCAGCAGAAUUCAGACUAGUUAACUUAAUUAAAGGAUGGUUGCCGUAUGCUGGACGUUGGGGAGUGUCCAGAAAAGGACCCGAAAGACGCAGUGGUCCUUCCAGAUUUUCUUUAAAGCAUUUCGGUGGCAGACCCAAGAUGUAAUACCGUUGUUAGGAGCUUGAGAAUAUAGUUUCCUUCUACAUCUUGAGAAAGUGAAGAAUCCACUCUUAGAGAUUUGUCUUUGUAAUCUUAUAAAACACUCAGAGAAAUUUGACUCUUAAUGAUCGGAUUAAUUCUUGGCCGAGUGUAAAGGUUUGUUCUUGUCUUAAGAAUACAGUUUUUGUCUCUUG